AUGUCAAUCGACGACUUUAAGUUCAACGACAUUCUUCCGCUUCCUUUCAGAAUCCUCUUUUUCAUACAAUUGGGGAUACAUCUAUGGUACGCUUUAGUUUGGUACUGUUAUAGAAUCCAUGGCAUCAACGUGUUGGCCUUGAUAAACCUUUCAUACUCGCCACAUAAGUACUCGGGCGGAUCGUAUAUCGACGAAUCCAAGUAUGGGGAGUUUGCUACAAGUACUCCGGCUGAUGUCACCGAGAACCAGCUCUUGCUCAAUGGAAUCAAGAACAAUAUAAAGGUGACACUACUACCCAACCUCAGUGGUCUACUUGUAUACUGGGUAUCGGCACCAUUUCUAGAUAACGACUCAAAAAUCUUUUGGAUUCUUCGGCUGGUACUGCCGACAAUUUUGAUGCUUCAUACCGCUUACAGGUUUUUUUUACAAAAAGGAUCUGUCGGGGCAGUUAGAAUCCAUACAACCAUGAGACGCAUACUAGUUGGCGACAUUAAUUCGUCGACAAUGAGAACCAAUGACAUCCUUUUGUCAGAUUCAAUGAUAUCAUAUGGGAGAGUUAUAAACGACUGGAGUAUGUUUGUCUGGAAGACGUACAUCCCCACAGAGCUGAACUAUAACGCUGGGUUUGAGACUGCGGUUCUUUCUAUCCCUGCAAUAAUAAGAAUGAAGCAGUGUUGGUAUGAGUUUCAGCUGACGAAACAGAGGCAGCAUUUGUUCAACUUUUUUAAGUACUUCAUCAGUUUGGGCCCCAUAGUGGUAAACUUUUUGAUCAAACAUAAGAUGACACACCUCACGGAGAACGAGGACGUCUCGGCUCAAUUGAACACGCUCAACUUCUGGUGGUACAUGAGUUCCACGGUGAGCGCGUCCUUCCUGUUCUUUUGGGAUAUAAAAAUGGACUGGGGAUUCAAUGUGUUUGAUAUAAUUUUGCACAGGAAGGGUUCACGAUGGAUCAUUUUGAGAGAACCAAACAAGUUAGUCUAUAACAACUUCAUUGCAUACUAUGGCAUAGUCGUCCUAGACUUUAUUCUCCGUUUCAUAUGGAUCCUCAAGUUGUUUGUUAUAAAGGAAACCGAAGUAAGACUUGGCCUCAAAAACAAAGUGGGCAACUUUUUGUUUGGACUUGAUUUCUUGUCAUUGGGAUUCGCCACACUUGAGCUCCUUGAAAUUAUAAGAAGAUGGCUCUGGUGUUUCCUCAAGAUCGAAAGCGAUUUGGUAAAGUUGCAGUAUGGAGAUAACAAAAAUGCCAUCCCGCUCACGACUAUAAAGAUAGGAUAA